GCACGGGAGAGCGGGGCUCCGGCGGAGAUGGCUACAGGAACAGACCAGCUGGUUGGACUUGGCCUUGUGGCAUUUAGCCUUGUGGUCUUCACCUACUACACCAUCUGGAUUAUAAUCCUGCCCUUCAUUGACAGCGAUCAUGUGAUCCACAAGUACUUCCUGCCCCGUGAGUACGCGGUCACGAUCCCCUUGGUCGUGGGGCUGAUCCUGCUCCUGUUCGUUGGAAUAUUCAUCACCUGUGUGAUGCUGAAGAGCAGGAAGCCCACCAAGAAGUCAGACUGAGAAGGCAGCCAGAUCAGGGUUGGGGCGAGAGGUGGACAGGGGGCUGCCCUUCUUCAUCGCCCCCAUCACACACACACGCACACACACACACACACACACAGACACACAGUGCGGAGGGCAGUGCAGCCCACCCUGAGACCAACGAGCUGAGGUCAGUCGUCCGUCGGGCCCAAGCUCUCAUCGAGUGGCAUGACGACAGCGUAAAAUAAGGUGCCGAGGUGGAGCCCCGUGUCCCGGCUCUGUCCCACAAUCACUUGGGUGUUGUUGGAGACCCCGGGUCGCCGCUGGUCACUUUGGCCCAAGGACCGUAGCGCGAGCUGAAUUCUCCCCGGGCUCAGGCUCAUGGGCUUCCCGCGACCUCCCCGUCUUUCCUGAUUUCCACUGGGAUCCACGUAAAUGACCACUUAGGAGGAGCGAGGGCAGUGGAUCCUCGUUCCUCGUCCCGCGCCCUCUCCCCCUCCCUGGCCCCUUUUGUGGCCGUUCCAGCCACCAUUCCUCCAGCCCCUUCCUUUUUAUCUUCGCCUCUUUGCAAUGGGGCAAGGCAGCUGUCCGGAGGCAUUGCUGAGGUGGUCGCAGUAGAUACUCCCCAUCUGUCCCGCCGACCCCAUCGUUGCCAGAAAAGUUCUCAACGCUCCCGACUUAUCUCUUGACCCAGAAGGAGAGGAAGAGCCACGGGCUGCGGAGACCUCAAUUCGUGCGGACCAAGGUUGGGGCAGAGGUUACCAGGCUGGCAUCGGUUACCCUGCGGUUCGGGGGGACCACCCAUUAGACUGCUGAGUGGCUCUCCGCACUCCAGAGCCACCAAGUCAACAGUUCCAUUCAAAUCUCAUUAAAUAUUUCAACCGUU